GUUUGUAUUUACUCGUCUCUCUAGAUAAAGUUGGACUUCUUCUCUUCUACUCUAUUGGUCCCAUAUGAUAUGGGUCUAUUAUAGUGGUUGACUUUGAACUGGCCCAACUAUGGUCAUGCUUAUGGGAAGCCACUAUGUGGUACUAUUGCUCCUACUCUAGAGGCCUGAUACAAAGGACACCAGCUGAGUUGUAGUGCAGUUACGACUGCAAUAAACUCAAUGGAAGUCUGCGUAACGCAGUGUUUGUUAGCCGUCAGUCAGUCGAGCCGAUAUGGCGACCAGGAAGAAUCUGCGUUUUAGAGCCGCUUCUCCUUUCUGAAACUUUAAAAUGCUUCAAAUCAGCGCAGUUGGAUCGUAAAGGAAUGCACCUCGGUUAACACACUGUUGGAAAAUAUACACGUGGACAAAUCUCUCCCAAUCGGAAGGAAAAAGGGUGUGUGAGGGUAGUAGAGAGGCUGAUUCUGCUGACUGAGGCGCCAUGGUGGAGCCAGGGGACAGGGAGGUGGCUGGCCAGAGGCUGGGGAUCCCAGAGAGUUUCGGGGUGUCUACCCUGGAACCAGGUCAGCGACCCCCAACCACGCCCCCAGGACGACAGGUCUCUAUCCGGGUACAGCUGCUGGACGACGUCACCGAGGUCUUCGACAUAUCACAACGAGCCCCAGCCAAGGCUCUGUUUGACCUGGUGUGUGUCCAUCUGAACCUGGCUGAAAGAGACUACUUCGGUCUCCAGUACCAGAACCCCAGGAGGAUGAUGGUCUGGUUGGACCUGCUGAAGCCCACCCUGAAACAGAUCAGACGCCCUAAGAACACCAUCCUUCGUUUUGUGGUGAAGUUCUUCCCUCCUGACCACACACAGCUGCUGGAGGAGCUGACACGGUACCUGUUUGCUCUCCAGAUAAAGCAUGAUCUGGCAUGUGGACGUCUGACCUGCAACGACACCAGUGCUGCUCUGCUGGUCUCUCAUAUCGUCCAGUCUGAGAUCGGGGACUUUGACGAGGUCCAGAGUUUUCAGCACCUUCUUCACAACAAGUACAUGCCUAACCAGGACGCUCUGAUGGACAAGAUCACAGAGUACCACCACAAGCACGUAGGACAGACUCCAGCGGAGUCAGACUAUCAGCUAUUGGAGAUGGCCCGGCGGUUGGAGAUGUACGGAGUCAGGCUCCACCCUGCUAAGGACCGAGAGGGGACCAAGCUCAGUCUGGCUGUGUCUCAUAUUGGACUGCUGGUGUUUCAG